AUGGGAUCUACUUCCACAGCUCCAUACACUCAUAUGGGCCGCCGUCCUCAACAUGGCACUCAUUUACCAUCAAUCGGUACAUUUGAUUAUCAAACAUCCCAAGCUCCACCUUAUUCAGGUUUAUUGACACGAUCGUUGACGCUUCCUUGGCGACCUUCGACAUUCUACCGAUCAGCGAGUGCCCAACCGACUCAAGCAUUACAAUCUUCAACUAUGGAAUCCUUCAGUCCGUCGAAUUAUUUGAACAAUAUUGAUAGUACAAAAGUUCCGCCUAUAUUUCCGUCCGCACGCUUAGCACUCUACACGCGGUACACACCAAAGGAUUGGCACAAUGCUCAAAUGACGAAUUACACCGCUUCGGAUAAGAUUCGUUCGGCAGCUGAACGUUUACGUUCGGAUGCGAUACGAAUGGCGCGUGAGAAAGAUCACCAAACUUUCCAGAACAAUGUGGAAUCGUCGAAACGUCUAGGAGAACGUAUCAAUGAUAUUGAAUAUUGGAAAGGCGAAUUAGAGAAGGCCAAAAACAAACUGAAACAUAAAAUUGACGAUGUCGAAACGAAAAGGCGCGAGGUCGAGAGAUUAUUGGGCGAAACAGAAAAGCCAUUACGCAUCGCACAAGAAAAUCUCUACGAACGAGAAAAACGACAAGGUAUCGAUUUGGUUCAUGAUGGCGUCGAACAAGAACUUAUUCGAGAAAUUGAUACAAUCAAAACAUGUCAACAACAUCUUCGACAAAUGCUCGAACGACUCAAUACACAGAAUGCACUUAAUCGUGCUGCACUACACGAACUUGAACUCGAUGCCAACGAUAAAUUUCGCGCUCGAGUCAUUGAUUCAGCUGCUCAUAAUAUCAAAACGACAUCACGUGGAAUUAAUUUCUACCAUGGUAUCGAGAGUGUUGAUAACACUGUUUCAACACCGGAAACAUGGGCACGUCACACCGAGGAAAACAUUCGUCGAACUCUGAGUGAAAUCUCUCAAUCAGAUGAAUUGCUCAACAGCAGCAAUCAACUGAUGGCUCAAACAAACAACGACAUGUGGAAUCAAUGGAAUCAAGUUAAUGUUUCACUCGAGAAUCGCGUACAAGAAGAACAAAUAGCUAAAAAUAAGAUCCAAGCUCACCUUGAAAAGAUACUCCAAGAAAUCUUUGAUGUUGAGCAAAAUAUCGAAUUUUUGAAGAAAACCAUCGCUGAUAAAGAAGCAUUCCUACAAGUUGCACAAACACGUCUUGAAACACGUACACGACGACCGAAUGUCGAAGCUUGCCGAGAUCCUGCUAUGAACAGAUUAAUCCAAGAAAUUCACGAUUUACACGCAGCUGUAACCGAUCUUCACGGUAAACUACGUCAAGAAGAGAAUGCUGUUCAACAUUUAUUACGUACUAAGUCGACCACCAAAACAAUGCGCAGUUACUUCCGUCUCAUUCUCUCAUCCUCGUGGUUUGAUCACCGCCUGAACGAAAUCGACAGUCUUUCAAAAUAUCAACGCCAAUCAAUCAUUUUCAUAGACUAUGCCGAGAGAAAUCACUUUCUUUGCUUAUUGAAUGCACUUAUUCGAAAGUUGAUGAAAGAUUUCUUUUUCUAUUUUCAAUAA